UCGGGCAUGCUGCAAUCAGAGGGAGAUGAAGCACCCGUUAAAGCUGAAAUGAACUUUGUACCCUAACUGCAGGAAGUGUUGUGCCCUUCUGUGUAUACUGCUUCCUUAUUUCUGCACUGGGGACCAACUUAACUUGAACGCGCCGGGAGCUGGGAAUACCAAUCCUCAGAGGAAUUUGUAUACAAUUGACACAGAAGAUUCCAGUGUGAACUGAGUUGGCUUCUGGGUUAUCGCCAUGGUUAUGAUAUAUGAGAACAGAGAAAUGGCAUCACUGUCUAUGUUGCUGGUUCUCCUCCUUGGAUCAUCCACAGUGGUGCAUACUGGGAAGUUACUGGUGGUGCCUAUGGAUGGGAGCCACUGGGUCACGACCCAGGCAGUGGCACAAAAGAUGGGACAGAGGGGACACACGGUUGUGGUUGUGAUCCCGCAGGUGAGCAUGCGUCUGGGACCUACCAAGCACUGUACCACCAGGACCUACCCCGUGCCCUAUGGCCAGGACUUGAUCGAUCGCCUACAGGCCCAGCAAGCAAGUCAUAUGAACAGAUCAGAGCCUUUCCUAGAGAAAGUGUCUCGCAAACUGAAGGGUAUAGGAAACCUCGUAAACUUUCUGACGACCACCAGCGAGAGCUUGUUGUACAAUAAAGAAGUGAUUUCAUACCUUCAGGACCAGCAGUUUGAUGCUGUGCUGACGGACCCCGUGGUGCCUACUGGGGCAAUCCUGGCAGAGCACCUCUCUGUCCCUUUUGUUUUUUUGCUGCGCGGGAUUCCGUGUGGCCUGGAUUUUGCAGCCAUGCCCUGCCCCAGCCCUCCCUCCUUUGCCCCCCGAUUUUUUACCCUGAACACAGACCACAUGUCCUUCUGCCAGCGGGUGCUCAAUGUGUUGGUCAGCUUCCUGGAGCCCCUGUUAUGCAGGAUCUUGUACCAGCCUUUCGACAGCAUUGCCUCGCAGGUCCUCCAGAGAGAAGUGACUGUGGCGGAGAUAUUCAGCCACGCCUCCAUGUGGUUGAUGAGGUUCGACUUCACCUUUGAGUUCCCACGACCCCUAAUGCCUAACAUGGUGCUGGUGGGAGGCAUUAACUGCGCCGUGCGUAAACCACUGCCACAGGAGCUGGAGGAGUUUGUGGAAGAGUCUGAGCAUGGCUUUGUGGUGUUCACACUGGGCUCAAUGGUGUCGGAAAUGCCAAAAGAGAUGGCAACCCAGUUUUCAGAGGCCUUCAGACAGAUUCCUCAAAGGGUUGUGUGGAGGCACACUGGCCCUCUGCCCGAUAACCUUCCAGACAAUGUCAAGAUUUUGAAAUGGCUUCCUCAAAAUGACCUUUUGGGACAUCCCAAAGCCAAGGCCUUCAUCACGCAUGGGGGAACACACGGCAUCUACGAGGCCAUAUGCAAUGGAAUUCCUCUGGUGAUGCUGCCUUUGUUUGGAGACCAGAGCGACAACGUGAAUCGCAUGGUGUACCGCGGUGUGGGCGAGUCCCUGAAAAUAUUAGACGUUACCACAGCCAAACUACUGACAACGCUCAACAAAGUCAUCAAUGAUAAAAGUUACAAAGAGAAGAUGAUGAAGCUCUCAGCAGUGCAUAAGGAUCGCCCCAUCGAGCCCCUCGACCUGGCAGUCUUCUGGACAGAGUUUGUUAUGCGGCAUAAAGGGGCAGGCCACCUUAGGACAGCUGCCCAUGAGCUCAACUGGAUCCAGUAUCACUGCCUGGAUGUGAUUGGCCUGCUCCUCCUCAUAAUAGCGACUGUUGUCAUAGUGACAGUUAAAUGUUGCACAUUUUGUUUUCGGAAAUGCUGCGCAAGAAAGACUCUUAAGAAGAAGGAAGAGUGAGUGUACGCUACUGGAUAAACUGAAGACUGUGCUUUUUAAUGGCGUAAAGGUUUACGCAAAUUGGGAAUAUAAUUGAUUUAUUUUUUGCAGGUGAUUUACUGUAUAGCCAUUCAUUGUUAUGUAAUUAUUAAUGAACUUACUUCUGAUACAUUGCCUGUGACAUGCCAUUAAUCCAGUACCAUCAAUGAUUUCAUUAUCAAUGAUAAUGAGUGAGUCAUUAAUUAGAAUUAUUUGAUCAAACUCUUAACAGUUUUUCUUUAGCACUGCUUUUGUGAAUCAAAUGAAUCAAAUCAAAAUGAAUCAAAUAUAUUCAAAUAUGUAUUUAAAAAAAUAUGAAUCAAAUAUUUUUUUUAAACAAGUCAGAUGGUACUGUUCUGAUAAUGUACAAAGUUGCACUGUGCCAGCCAUUGGGGACAGGGGUGGGGGGCCAUUUUGCUAAACGACAAAAUUGUAUAUUUUUCAUUGUGAGUUUAAGGUGGCACAGUUGAAAAUGGAUUUGGUUUUCCUGGUUAUGUUACCUAUAUGUUUGGCAAAUGGUCCAAAUAAACAAGAUUUAACACAAAAUACCAUAUGUACCUAACCAAAAUAGCAUUGCUGUUGCAUAGUAACUGUGACAAAUACAUACCAUACAUUAUGAAAUAUAUCAAGGGCAUAAUUUACAGGGGGGGUAGGGAGAUUAUAAUAAUAUAAUAAUAUAAUAAUAUAGCAUGAUGAUGAAAAAGACUAUUUCAAAUAAUAAAGAUGGGGAUUUCAUGAUGUGAUUGGAAUGUACUGGGAAACCUAGGUUGUUGUCACAGAAGGUGUAGGUGCCAUGUAUUCCAUGACCACUCCCCGUUUUUGCCAUUUUCACAAAUUCUCUGUUUUUUCUGCUUUCCGUGAUUUUUGGUAGUUUUGGAUGGUAACUGUCAACCUUAACAUGCCUAUGCAUUAUAAAAAUAGCCUAUUGCCAACUGCUGGGAGAAACAAAGUGUCACAAUGUGUACAGUUUCUGCAAUGUACUGGGAUCAAGGUUCUCGUCCUUGACAGUUGUUGAUGCCUGGCACUCCUUCCCCUGUUAGAUAACGUCAGACACAACUGGUGCUCAUCAAAGACUCAGACUUCACAAUGUACAAUAUUUUGUACCAAAAACUUUAAAGAAAUAAAAGCAGACACACGGUAA